AUGCCACUCUCAAAACUUGAAUCACUUCCAAACAAAAUAUUAAUUGAUCUUAUUGAGAAAUAUAUUAAUGGAGUGGAUCUACUAAGAGCUUUCAGCUUUCAACUCAAUCAACGUUUUAAUGUGCUCAUUACUGAAUGUCAACGACUUCGUUUUGAUUUUAUUCAAUGUCAAAAAGAGGAUUUUCGUUUUUGUAUGGGUCUUUUACCAGCCUAUCUUGAAAAAAUAGAAGAAUUAGUCAUAUCAGAACAAGACACACCUGGUCAAGUUUAUCCUUUUCUAUCUUUUUUCCCAUCGUUUGCAUUAUUUAAACGACUCCGAACACUUCAUUUUCAUUUUAAUGAUGAAGACGUCAAAUGGGAAAUGAUUGAAAGAGCUCUUAAUUCCUUAUCACAAACAACUAUUGACACUUUAUCAAUCAAAGCAAUGAACACGGUCAACAGAUCGCUAUUGGGAAACAUUAUUGUCGAUCUUUUUCGCUUAAACUCUCUUAAACGAUUUUUUCUUGUGAGUCAAAUGUAUUCUAUAAACUGGAGUGAUUUGGCGACAGUCUCAUCAAAUAUUGAAUAUUUAACUAUUUCUGGCAUACAGUUUCUAUUUCGAGAUCUACAAUAUAUUUUUAAGUGUUGUCCUCAUCUUCAAUAUCUCGAUGUUGAAUUAAACAAUAAAAGACCUUAUGAUUAUUAUGAAACAGAAGAGAGCCGAAAAACGAAUAUUGUACCAAUGUCUACACUUCGUACACUAGUUUUAUAUUUUCAAGAAAACGCUUCAAUAACGAUGGAUACGUUAAAACAAUAUUUCAAAUUUAUGCUUGCUCUAAAUCAUCUUGAAAUUAAAUCACAUAGUGGAAUUUUUGAUGCAAACGCGUGGCAAAUAUUAUUAGAAACGUCGUUACCAUCUCUGACUCAUUUUAGUCUUCGAACAACUACAUUUCGUUUAGAAGAAGAUAAACUUCACAAUAUACUCGCUUUAUUUCAAAGCUCAUAUUGA